CCCCGCGCAUGCGCGUUGAGCCACCCCGGCGGCGGAAUUCCUUCUCCUCCGGCGAUGCGGCGGCGGGGAUGAUGUCGGAGGUCGGGACGGUCGGCGGCGGCGGCGGCCGUGUCGGGUUGCGGCCGCGUUUGCACUGAGAAGCAGCAAGCAACGGCGAGCCGGGAUCUGAUGAAGUUGGUGAGAGGCAAUGGCUGCACUCAGUCAACAAGAGUUUUUCCGUCAGCUAACCCAUGGCUGCAUCCUCCCGACUGCCCAGCAGGGCCUGGAGCAGGUCUGGCAACUCCUCAUCACCUGCCUGGCAUGUCGGGUUCUCUGGAGGUUAGGUCUGCCCCCCUGGCUAAAGCACCUGAGCACGGUGGCUGGGGGUUUUUACUGUCUUUACCACUUCUUCCAGCAGCAGAUGGUGUGGGUGGUGCUGCUCAGCCUGAUGUGCUACACCGUACUCUUCCUGUGUCGCCACUCGCAACAUAAAGGGGUCUUCCUGUCCGUCACCAUCCUCAUCUACCUGCUUCUCGGGGAGAUGCAUAUGGUGGACACGAUCAGCUGGCACAAAAUGCGAGGGGCCCAGAUGAUUGUUGCCAUGAAGGCCAUCUCGCUGGGGUUCGACCUGGACAAGGGCACCGUGCCAGCGAUGCCAUCUCCGAUCGAGUUCAUGGGUUACAUCUACUUUGUGGGCACGGUGAUCUUCGGUCCCUGGAUCAACUUCAACACCUACCUGCAGUCCGUGGAGGGUCGGAGCAUGAGCUACUCCUGGUUCAGCAAGGUGUCGCUCAGUCUGGUGAAGAGCCUGCUCUGCCUCGUGGUCUCCACCUGUGUGGCCCCCUACCUCUUCCCCUACUUCAUCCCGGUCUACGGGGACAAGCUCCUCAAACGGUGGCUGCGAGCCUACGAGAGUGCCAUCUCUUUCCACUUCAGCCACUACUUUGUGAGCUUCCUGUCGGAGAGCACCAGCACCCUGGCAGGGGCCGGAUUCGGCACCCAGAAGGAGAAUCUCCAGUGGGACCUGGUAGUGUCGCGGCCCUGGAACAUAGAACUGCCUCGUUCCAUGGUGGAGGUUGUGACGAGCUGGAAUGUCCCCAUGUCUCGCUGGCUGAACACCUAUGUGUUUCAGAGUGCGCUGACUCUGGGAAGGUUCCCUGCCAUCUUGGUCACCUACAGUGCCAGUGCAUUGCUGCAUGGUCUCAGUUUUCACCUUGGAGCUGUCCUCCUCUCGCUCGGAUUUAUCACCUACGUCGAACACGUCCUGCGGGCCAAGCUAGCGACCAUCCUCAGUGCCUGCGUCCUGUCCCGGAGGUGUCCGGCGGCAUGUCCCCACCACAAUAAGUCGAAUCUCAUGGUCUGGACCAUCAACCUGCUGUUCGGCUCCCUCAGCAUCUUCUACCUCACUUAUCUGGGAUCUUUCUUUGACAUUGACGUCGAGGAUGAGGUGGAGGAGGAGGGUUACGGGAUGUCCUUCACCAUCCAGAGGUGGCAGGAGCUGAACUGGAGUGGACAUUGGCUCACAUUCGGACUCUGGGUUUUCUAUCGCCUCCUGGGCUGAGAUUCCCCACCCCCUCCCACAGCCCGGAUGCCCCCACCGCCGGGCCAGGAUACUCAAGGGCUCUGGGAAGCAGGUUUUCCCUGUUUGCUGACAACCUCCUCCUGCCCCCAGCCCAGCCAAUCCCACAGACAGUAUAUCAUGGUUCCUAACUGGGAUAUAACCCCCCCCCCCACCCCACUCUCGCCCUCCACCCUCUCCUCCUCCUCUCUCUCCGCCCCAUCCCUCUCCAUUUCCACCCUCUCUAUCUCUCCCUCCCCACCCCAAACAACUCACCCACUCACACUCUGUCAAAGCACAAGUCUCUGCCCUCUGGUCCUCGACUCCUUCCACUGUCCGCGUCUGCUUGGCCUCGACUGUACUCUCCUAAAUAUUCUGCUCCUCCCUCCCCUCCUGCUCCCCCCUUCAGAACAGUGACUGGCACUGUGCUGUUCUCUUCUGGAAGAGAGUCGCAAAGACCCUCUCCCCACCCAAUCUGUCCGCCUUGGCAACCUCGGAUUUCAAAUCCGCACCAGAUGCUGGGAAUCCAGAGCAACCGACAGGGAAUGUUUGAGGGGCACGCCAGGACGGGCAGCAUCUGGGGAGGAGUGAAGUCAUUUAGGGACAGCGUCCUGAUGAAGGGUCUUGGCUCAAAGCGUUCAUUCCUCUACACGGCUGCAGCCUGACCUGAGUCCCUUCAGCGCUUUUGUGAGUUUCUGUAAAUCGGCAGGCCCCUCCGCCGAAAAAGAGAAGCGUCCUCCAGCUAUCCACAUAAUAACACUAAACAGACGGGACGCUCCCGCACCCACCUCCCCCGUUCAUCCGCGGACCACCGGGAGUCUCUCUGCUCCAGUUAACCCCCUCCUCGACGAAAGCAGCCCUGCCUAUCCAUUGCCGAAGGGGCUUAACCCUCGAAUGAGCGGAGAAGGGUGCAGAACUGAAUGCCACUGUUGGGGAGAUUUAAGAUUUAGAAGUGUCUCGGUCUCCCCCCCUCCCCGGCACUACAGACCCAUUAGAUUCAGGGGAGGAGUGGUGUUGAUAGGGCCGGUCACCUCCCAUAGCAACCCAGGACAACCACCCGGCCCCUUCAACCUGAGUUCGAUCCGCGGCAGCAACACGGCGGGGGGGGGGGGGGGGGGGGAGAUAUCCGAUUCCUGUUUGUCGAAUGAAUCCAUUUAAAUGCCCCAUCUCCUUCUAGUCACUCUUCCCUUAGGGAAUAAGCCAUUGGGCCCAUCGACUCUGCUAGCCCAAACAUGCCAAAAUCAUGGUAGAUGAACAAUCAUGAUUUCUCUCUUGAUUAUCAGACUUCAGAUAUACUGUAACUGGAAUUCCGGCAUGGUAUUCCAGAAAUUUCUCCCUAUGGGGAGCUGACCUCUUGUUCCUAAACUACCCAAGCAGUGCUACGGGGGGGGCAGGGGGCCCACCCCACAUCUCCAUCAGGGGUAUGAGGGCCCUCCCCUGCCAUCAAUGUCCCAUCAGCAUCUCCUCAUCUCAUUCUCUCUCCCCCGGGUUCUUCGCUCUGCCAUGUGCCGGGAUUAACGUAAAAUGGCCAAUGAACCCACCGACCCUCAGGUCGUUGGUCCGCAGGGAGCAAGUGUGACUCAGCACACACGGGGGGCGGUUGGGAAAGAUUCUGGGCUUCUUGGCCUCUCCAGAGAGAGUGGAAACUCGCCCCACGGGAGAAACCAAUCUCCGGCAAAGAGGCAGAAGGAGGCACCCGGUCUUAUCCUGCAAAAUCACGAGACCCUCCCCUCUACUGCCCUCCAAACUCCCCCACCACUCCCAUCUCUGUCAGUGUCGGGAAACCUCUCCCUCUCCCAGGAGAGUUUUGUUACUCCUCCCCCACCCCCCCACAGCCCCAUCACUCUGCAUUGCCCUCAGUAUAUUUAUAUUCCAAUAUAUACAAACUGUUUGUAUA